AUGGGGAGGGAUGACAUGCUUGACUACUCACGCUUGGACCUUCUGGCCAAGGAAGUGGAGGUUGAUAUCGCGAAAAUCGAUGUUAAAGGGACCGAGAGAGGCUGGUGUAAUUAUGGACCUUUAACUUGUGCUGCUGAAUUGACGGCGAAAUGA